AUGGCCAACCGCGACCAUGUGGCUUACGAGCAAGGCCUCCAGGAAAAGGCCCAGAAGUUCCAACACCUCGAAGCACAUGGGGACCGACGUGGUAGUUUGAGUGCCGAGAGCGUGACAAGGACGUCAUUUGACCGACGCCACUCCGCCGUGGCCGUUGGGUCAGGUCCAGGAUCCCGUCGUGGUUCCAUGCGCCAGAGUUUCGAAAAAGCCAACCUGGCAACAGUCUUCCCAGACUCGACUCAUCUGGAGAUCAAUGACGAUGAGAACGGCCGGAACACCAUCGAUGACCUCGGCACGUCCUGGUUCGUCUGGCUUGUGGCAGCGACGGCUUCGAUCGCAGGGUCGUUGUUCGGUUAUGACACCGGCAUCAUCUCAGCCGUACUGGUGUACCUGAACAACGACUUGAACAACCGGCCCGUCUCGUCCAGCGAGAAGGAACUGAUCACCUCCCUCUGCUCAGGUGGUGCCUUUAUUGGUGCUAUUAUUGCUGGUUUGACGGCCGAUCAGUUCGGUCGCAAAGUCGCUAUCUAUGUUGGCUGCGCUCUCUUCAUCAUUGGAGCCAUUCUCCAGGCAGCUGCUUACACCAUUGCCCAAAUGUCCGUCGGCCGUUUAAUCGUUGGCUUUGGCGUGGGUUCCGCGGCCAUGGUCGUGCCACUCUACAUUGCAGAGAUCGCACCUACCAAGGUUCGUGGCCGCCUUAUCGGUCUCAACAACAUGUCCAUCACUGGUGGUCAGGUGGUCUCAUAUGGAAUUGGAGCGGCUUUUGCACAUGUUCCACACGGUUGGCGGUACAUGGUCGGUCUUGGGGCGGUUCCUGCUAUCCUUCUGGCUUGCUUGUUGCCAUUCUGUCCGGAGUCACCUCGUCAACUUAUCUACCACGGAAAGAUCGCCGAAGGCGAGGCCGUCCUGGUCAAAAUCUACAAAGGCGCCACUCGCGAGCAGAUUCAAGCCAAAACGGCCCUGAUCGCUGCAGCCUGUGAAGAAGCUAAGGAGCUCAACGAAGAUCAAUCGCGCUGGUCCAAGAUCAAGCAACUGCACACCAACCCAGCCAAUUUCCGCGCCCUUCUCUGCGCCUGCGGUCUCAUGGUCAUCAGCCAAAUGUCGGGUUUCAACACGCUUAUGUAUUACUCGAGUACACUGUUCGCUCUAGUUGGCUUUUCCAACCCAGUCGCCGUCGGCCUUGUUGUUGCUGGAGUCAACUGGAUCAUGACAGGUGUCAACAUGGCCUGCGUCGACCCUCUCGGCCGUCGCCGCGUCCUGAUAUCGACCGUAUGGGGCAUGUCAGCCGGUCUGAUGGCCGUAGCCAUUGCCUUCUCCUUCAUCCCAGUCAACACACACACCCUCGCACUGGAAACGACCAAAGUCUCGACCCCGGCGAUCAUCGUCUUGGUCUUUAUCAUCUGGUUCGUCUUCUUCUACGGAGUCUCCGUCGGUAAUACGGCGUGGAUGAGCACCGACUUCUUCCCUAUGGAAGUUCGCGCCAUGGGCACAAUGUGGUUGACCUGCAGUUGCUGGGGCUCCAACAUCAUCGUCUCAUCGACCUUCCUAUCCAUGAUGAAAGGCAUGACUCCAUCCGGUGCUUUUGGCUUCUACGCCGCGAUUUGUGGCAUUGGUUGGGUUCUCAUCAUCCUCUUCUACCCAGAAGUCUCUGGCUUGACUCUCGAGGAAAUCGGUGAAGUCUUCAAGCAUAAGGAUUUCGGCGUCCGGUAUGCCAGGAACCUUCGCCGCGAGAAAAAGGACGAGAUCAAGGAGAGAAUGCGGACCAUGGAACGGCCUAUUGCCGGAGGACACUGAUCUCUAGCAAUCAGGAAGUUGACCUCGCCUCUGAAUUGAUGCAAAGACUGGAAUCCCUGCGGGACGGUACUACAGCUGCGCUUCACGGAAUGAAUGAGAAUGAUUGAUGAAGGAAGUUAUGGAUGGAUUUAUGCUUGCUGUAUUGCUGUGUAUAGUUGUCACUUUAACUGUGGCUG